CUGUUGUGUGAUGAAGCCACAGAUCUGAGGUUCAGUCCCGUCCUCUACCCGAAGGCGUCGCAGCUGAUCAUCAACUAUGACGAGCACCAGGUCAACAACACGUUCAAGUUUGGAGUCAUUUUCCAGAGAUUUGGACAGGUGUUGGAGGAGGAGCUGUUCAGGAACAACGAGGAGACGCCAGCGUUCACAGAGUUUCUGCAGCUGCUCGGAGACACAGUCGAGCUGCUGGACUUUAAAGGGUUUCGGGGGGGUCUGGACGUGUCCCAUGGUCAGACGGGUUCUCAGUCCGUCUUCACCGUCCACAGACAACAGGAGAUCAUGUUCCACGUCUCCACCAAACUGCCUUUCCUUGAGGGAGACGCACAACAGCUUCAGAGGAAACGUCACAUAGGAAAUGACAUUGUGGCGAUGGUGUUCCAAGAAGAAGCCACGCCGUUCGUCCCCGACAUGAUCGCCUCUAACUUCCUGCACGCCUUCAUCGUGGUGCAGGUGGACGAGCCCUGCUCGGACAACACCCGCUACAAGGUGUCCGUCACAGCACGAGAAGAUGUCCCUCCGUUUGGACCGCCCCUCCCAAAUCCUGCCAUCUUUAAGAAGGGUCCAGAGUUCAGAGAGUUUCUUCUCACUAAACUCAUCAACGCAGAGUUCGCCUGUUACAAGAGCGACCGCUUCGCCCGACUGGAGGAGCGUACUCGCGCCGCCCUGCUGGACAGCCUCCACGAUGAGCUGCAUAGACGCUCCCAGAGCAUGCUGGGUAUUACUUCAGGUCUGGAGGAGGAGGGUCGAGCUGAGAACGGACACCCCCACGGAGGACUGCUGGAGUCCAUCAAGAGGGCGAUGCGAGGACGGAGCGUCUCCAUGGAGACGAUGUCGCGGGGCGUGGCGGGUCUGCCCACCAGUCUGAGUGGGGGGGGUCUGGCACACAUGAGCAUCGAGUGUAACGUCAGGUCUCCUGUGAAGCGACGCUCGGGGCUUUUUCCUCGUCUGCUGAGCAUCGACAGUCAAACAGAGAAACAUAACCAGCGAAGUGUUUUCAGUGAGCAGAGGAGCUUCGACAGCUGCCAGCCCACACUGGAGGUGAGGUCAGAGCUGCCGUCCAAUCCCAGCUCUCCAGAGGCGGGACAACGGGACAGGAUUCACGUGAAGGAGAGCAGUCAAAUUUCCAGAUCGACGUCCAGCACCUGCAGCUUCAGUCUAACAGUUGACAACACUCACCUGGUGAGACCUCACAGUCACAGCUGCAACAUGACGCAGGCUGCAGAGGCUCAAAGUUCAAGUCCACUCAUCGUCUCUCGCAGCCCCCCAGGUAACACACACACACACACACACACACACACACACUGA